GGGAAUCAAAAUUAACUCCAACAUAUGCCUAUUAGUGAUAAUGUCCCCGAUUCAUCGAUAUCCCGCGUGAAGUGGGUACAAAUUCAACUUUUGUCUGGCGGCGCUUCCAGUAUCGCUGAAGUUUCCCUAUUGCUGCCUCUGGAUGUGGUCAAGACGCGGCUGCAGUUGCAGACGAAUGCGGUGGUGAAGGGACAGAGUCAUUACAGGGGGGUGUUUGAUGCAUUUGCCAAGAUCUAUCGUCAGGAGGGAAUCACAGCCUUCUGGCGUGGUAUAAUCCCACCCUUACUCAUCGACACACCCAGACGAGCUGUUAAAUUUAUGGUCUUUGAGCAACUGAAGCCGGUUUUUUUUUUCGGUGCCUCGAAGCCGACCUUGAUAACCUAUGCUCUAGCUGGAGGGUGUGCGGGGAUUACAGAAGCCAUUAUGCAGAAUCCUUUUGAAGUGAUUAAAGUAACACAACAGGCGAAUCGAAAGCAGAAACUGAGUACAAUCCAUGUUGCGAGAACAAUCUUUCAGAGUGAUGGCUUCGGAUCCCGAGGAUUUUACAAAGGUGUCGGUGCAACAGUUGCUCGCAAUUUCAUAUUUCACGUCAUGUACUUCGGUUUCUUUUGCACAAUGAGGGAUGUAACACCCAUUUGUAAGGAUAGAACAAAUGAAUUCCUGCGUAAAUGCGGACUGGCACUAUUAUCUGGAUGGUUGGGUUGCAUUGCGAGCAUUCCAUUUGAUGUGGCCAAGUCCAGAAUGCAAGGACCACAGCCUGUUCAGGGUCAGAUCAAGUACUCCGGAGCGCUUCAGACCGUUUCCACAAUCUACAGAGAGGAGGGUCUUCGAGCUCUCUACAAGGGACUGACACCGCAACUGAUGCGAGGUGGUCCCGGUGGUGCCAUUUUACUAUUGGGCUAUGAGUAUAUGACCUACCUAAUAUUAAGGAACUUAGCUUAGCUUAAAGAAACAGCAAGUACGCAGUUUAUACAGAAAUUUGUUUGGAAUUAGAUAUAUGCACCUUUUGUAAGGUUUUAUUUUUAUAAUUUAUCUAAAAUUUAUAAAAUAAACAUCAAUAGAUUUGGGAGUGUUGUAAAUAA